CCCUAAUGUGAGCAUUUUCUGUAUCACUUGGGGAAAAUGGCUCGCUAGCUUCCUUUUUGGACGUCACUUCCGCCUCCUCCUCAGCAAAGCAAGAUGGCGGCCGUUGUAGAGCGAGUUGAUGGAUGUGUUGGGUCCUUGGACUCAGACACGGUGUCACCGAGACAGUCUACACCUCCACCGGACCAGCCGCACCAGAACAACCCGCUGUUGGGACUGCCCAUUGUGGCCAUUGAGACUAUUCUCAAUUUUCUGUCUUACGAUGAAAUCAGCCUGCUUCGCUCGGUGUGUAAGCGCAUGGACAUGAUCUGCCAGCGGGUCCUGAAUCAGGGCUUCCUGAAGGUGGAGCGUUACCACAGUCUGUGCCAGAGGCAAGUUAAAGCCCAGCUGCCCAGGCGAGAGUCAGAGAGGAGAAACCAUUCACUGGCCCGUCACGCUGAUAUCCUGGCUGCUGUGGAAACACGCCUCUCUCUGCUCAACAUGACCUUCAUGAAAUAUGUCGACUCUAACCUCUGCUGCUUCAUCCCUGGAAAGGUGAUAGAUGAGAUUUAUCGUGUGCUGCGCUACGUGAACUCUACUCGAGCCCCCCAGCGAGCUCAUGAGGUUCUGCAGGAGCUAAGGGAUAUCUCCUCAAUGGCCAUGGAGUACUUUGAUGAGAAGAUCGUCCCCAUCCUGAAGAAGAAGCUGCCAGGGGCCGACCUGUCCGGCCGCCUCAUUGGUUCUGCACCAGUGGCAGGUCCAUCUACCUCCCUGACCACCAUGUCCCUGCUGGCCAAGAACACGCCAUCGCGCUCUGAGAUGACCAAGGUGCAGCAGCAGGUAAAGGUGAAUGGGGCGUCGAUGACAGUACUGCGGAGGGAGAUGCAAGAGAUUCGCGUCAAGCAGCUGGAGCAGCAGAAGCAGCUGCAGGACCAGGAGCAGAAGCUGCUGGAACAGACCCAGGUGAUUGGUGAGCAGAAUGCCCGCCUUGCGGAGCUGGAGCACAAGCUCCGUGAACUGAUGGACAGUAGUGCUGCUGCUAUGGGAGGACCCAGGCCCAGCACAGCUGUCCCCUCCACAUCAAACAGCGCUGCCGUGUCUUCCACUGUUGCCAGCACGUCUGGUACUGUGUUGGCAAGUGGCAGUGUGGCUGCAGCCUCCAUACCCAUAGAGCCAGAGGGUGAGGGAGGGUCAUCGCUCAAACGCACCAGAAAGAGCCCAGACCUUCCACGACAGUCCAAACGGCUGCGCAGCAAGAAAUAAGAGACUAAGUGUGUUAUUUAGUUAAAGUUUUGUUUUUGGUUUCAAGGUCUAACUGAUCACACCAUCACCCCAAUCCACCGUGUCACCCCCCACCCCACCAACACUCAUCACCUGUACUGUCUGUCAGAUGAGUCAGGAGUAUCCCUGUAUGCUUUAACAGUGUUCUCCCACCCCCCAUCUCCCCAAAAGCCCCCCUUGGACAGCUAAAACACUGAACCCAGAACAUCAACAGGACUCUGCACAACGUUGACAGGGUCAACAUUUGAUUGUCACAGACUGUUAAAGUCUUUUGUUAUUCUAUAUUAACUUAUUAUCAACAAAUCCCAUGAAAAAACCCAGACCAACAAUGUGGUAGUGCACCUCUCAAUACUUUCUGACUACCAAACUCUGUCUGUGGCUCUCAGCUCCAAGCCCAUUGGUUCCAACUGAAGACGUAAAUCUUUAAAAACACCUAACAAAUGGAUUCCUUAAACAGUUGGUACUGUAUGUGUUGGAAACUGUUGCCAAUGGCGGAUUAAUGCACAAGUUGGUGCUCUAGUGAGUAUUUGGGGCAGCAAGAUGAUGUGUGUGGGAUUGAGUCAAGAGAAACUACUGUGUGUGUGUGUGUUCAUGGUAAUGAAGGAACAUGUCAUCCAGUGCAACUGGCUCAUAGAUGUUUUUAAUAAUUUUUGGGCAACAAUGGAGCUCUAUGGCACAGAAUAAUAAAAAUCAGGCUUUGGACACACAAUAGUUGUAAGUAGGAUCAGUUCAUCGUUGGUUUGGGUCCUCACAUGGGAUUUGUCAACAACAAGGAAAAUAUAGGAUAUCUCCACUUACAAGGCUUCUUAGUUCCUUAACUAAAUCAGAGUGUAGGCAUGCGGUCAGCCUUUUGAAGGUAAGAAGACUGUUCAUUGAAGGUUACAUUAAAAUGACUGUACAGCUUUUUAAUAUAGAUGCUUUUCUAAGAGGCUCAUAAAUGAAAAAUGAAAAAUUCAGACGGUCGGUGAAUUUAGUUAACAAAAGUGAUUAAUACAGCUCUUCUUAUUUCUGAAAUAAACGCUUCCAAGAUAUUUUAUUUUUGAAAUGUACACAGCUAAAAUGAUAUCAAAAUAAAAAUACAGAGUAAUGAUCAUCCUUAAAUUAUAAAUUAAAAUAAUCAAAUGUAAUUGAAGUUGCAUGUUAUUGGUAAUCAGUGAUUUCUUUCCAUUUUCACAUGGGUAGGAGGUCUAAAUCCAUAAACAUUCAUUUCAUUCACACUUGCUUCUUCCUAACUCGGCUAUGUGCAAUAAAACUCAUCUAAAAAGUAAUAAGUCAUUUAUAUUCCUUGCUAGUAGCUUGUUUGUUCUAUUCAAAAUUGCUGCUCAGAUCUGUCCAGAUCAAUCUAAUCAGUUCUUGAAUCACCAUAAAAAGGAUAGAUGAGAUCUUAAAGAAGAAAAAAGGCAGUGUCAGAUAGCAUUAGACCACCUGUCACCUGUUGACUCUUGCCCUCUCUGCCUGACAGAGGGCCUAACAUGGAGGUAGAUGUUGUUGAUAAAGGGUUUACAUUUCCACAGAUAUCAUUGUCCUCUGAUCCCCAGAAAAGCAGCAGUGAUGAUGGAACCCCCGGCUCUGCUCUGUGUGAAAAGAAUCAUUUCUUUAACGGGUUUCCAGCAACGGCAGACCCUUCAUAGCUCUGAUGUGCCUGAAAGCACCUGAUGUUCAUGCCACACUUUUACAUUACAAGUUACUGUAUAUGCUGUGCUAAGGAGGACAAAGAAAUUAUAUAACUGUUCUCCUCUGGCAAAACAGUGUUUGGCAUCUGUCGUUUAAGCAUUAUACCAGUGUUUUUACAUAUUUCAUCCUGUGUACUACAAAUAAAUGUACAGCUCAAUACAGCUGAACAUUUUACAAAGUACACUGAGUGUUACUGUUUUUUGAACGUGUUGUUUCUACUUUCUAGACAGCCAUUGAUUUCUAUUCAUUUCACUGCAGACACUUGCAUGUUAUGAGUUACCUUGAUUUUCUGUGAACAAGCAUGGCAGCUGUUUCUUGACACAUGUUCAAAUUUCUCCUCUUCUCUCCGUCGAAGAGAAAUUGACCAUGCAGUUGCACAAUCAUGCUCCAUUUUAUACCAGCAAUUCUUAUUUGAAAUGAAAUUUGUUCUUGAGACUUCAAAAAAUAUCUUAGCUCAAAGUCCACUUACUAGCUUGUUGUAGAGCUUUCAGAUACAUUCCACAGUCUUCAUCACUGGAGAAACUAGUUUGAAGAUUGUGAGUCAUUGUCAGUUAAGCGGUUUUGUCAAAUUGUAAAUAGUUUGACAAAAUAAUUUUUGUCAGUUGCUAGCUUUUUCUGCUAGCUUUUUCUGACAUGUUCAACCACAUCUCAGUCUUCAUCAGCGCAUGACAUGACAACUGAGCGACCUCUUCCGCUGAUGAAGACCUUAAGAUGUUGAUAAAGCUGUAUAUAAAGGCUAGUAAGCGGAUCUUGAGUCAAGAGCAUUUUGUCAGAUUGGAAUCAGUAGUUUGAAGUUUGAAAAUGGGGAUGAAAGCUCUGGGGGG